UGAGCUGUGACUCAGCCAGUGUUGCCUCAUGACACCAGACAGCAUCCAAGUAAAAGAAAAGUGGACUGCCAACUUGUAAGAAAAUCGCUACUAAUUAUAUCUUCCACACCUGACAGCUGACUUGAACAGCCAGUCAGUUUCUACGACCGGAUCAUCUGGUUGGUAUCCCGACAAUGGAUCAAUACAACAACCAAAGAGACACCAGAAGGCAGUUGAAUUACAAUAAUAACACAGCCAAGAAUAACACUGGCACACUGGGACAGCCUGGAGAUGUUAAUCCACCUGAAAAUCCAGACGGAAACGCACCUGGCAGCAGAGACCCAGGAGCGACACCGAGGGAGUCCCGGCCGCAACACUCAGACGGCUUCACCAUGAUCACACCUAACGAAUCUCGCAGGAACAAGCUGAAAACAAUGGCUCAGAAAGAGGAGGAGGAUCUCCAGAGAUGGAGGGAGGCAAACAAACCGCCCUCUGUUCACCUGCCGCCAGAGAAGCUGGGUGGCAGUGUGUCAUUGGCAGAGGCCAGAGAGAGGCAGCUCAUAGACUUACGGCAGUCCAAACUGCAGAAAAAGCUGAAAAAGGAGGAGUUGGAUAGAAGGAAAAGACAAGAGGAGGAGGAGGAGCUGCAGAAGAAGAAAGCCAUACAGAGGGAGAAGGCUGAGCGCCUGGAGGAGAGGAGGCGACGGGAGGAGCAGCAGCGGAGGGAGCAGUUCAGACAGGAUCACCUCAGGACAACUGAGAGUUUUCUGCAGAGCCUCGAGCCGACCAGAGGCCCGGCUGCAGUGGCAUCCAGCAGUGCCACACACACGUCAUCCUGGGAUGACGCCUUGGAGGAGAAACAGAUGGUGAAAAAGGAGGACAGAAUAAGAGAAGUGCAGCUGGACCACCGGAGGGUGAACUCGGCGUUCCUGGAUAAACUCGAGGGUCAGAGCACCACGAUCAAGAGAGAGGAAGACGGUGAAGAAAGCGGGGAAGCACAGCGUCAUCCCUCUUCCGCCUUUGAAGACUUCAGACACCAGCUGUCCCAGAGCGGUGGACCGCAGGACCCCCUCACUCACCUGAAACCAGACCCAGAUCAGAGCUCUUCCGGCUGGGCAGAGGAGGCUGACCCAGAGGCUGACUUUGAGUGGGCCGUGAUGAAGCUGGAGAGCAAAUUCCCAUAUUGCAGCCGAGCCUUCCUGCAGGACAUCCUCGCCCAGUGCAGCGAAGAUUACCAGCAGGCCUACACGCUACUCAGCGACUCGCUUCAUUGAAUUUUAUGCAUUUUUAAUGGGAAGACUGUCUUGCGUCAUAUUAUGGUGGCCGCUUUAUGAUUUUGGCUGAAUAAAUGAGAAAAAAGGCCUGUGAGAGUAACUAAAAGCAAGCAAAGUAACUAGCAUGCAGACUAAACUGCUGCUAGUCCAUACAUCUGCACUAAAUACCUACAUAACAAUAUGUGCUGUUUGUGAUCUGUUUUGGGUUAUGCCAUUAAUCAUUGUAGUAAACUGUUUGGUGUCCUGUAUUUGUCUGCAUGCACGGAUGAGUCAUGUCGGGUUUUUGCCCUGACAUCGGGUUGAAUUGAUGUGCCUUUUCACCAAAUAAGCUGAAGGUCAUCGCUCUGACUCAUAAUCUUUAGAUCAUUUUUUGGGGUCUUAAUCAAAUCAAUGUGUUUGGAUGGAAAAAAGCUCUGCCCAAAUACAUGAUGCUUUUUGUUUGUGUUUUUUAGAAAAGGAUAAUCAAAAUCACAUGCAAAGUAUCUGUUGCAGGCUUCUCAAGCAAAAGCAGUGGACAACACAUGAUGCAAACUCCUAUAAGGUUAUCUAUAAUGGGGCCUUGCACGUUUGUCAUGCCAUAAGUAUUUGUGCUACACGACAUUUCCUACAUGCAUCUCCAUUUUGUGGUUCGAAUGUUUUGCUUCAAAGUCACAGUAGAGUUGGAGGACGUCAAUAAAAUCCCAUUUUUUAAAAACAGUCUUUAAUUCUGGUUAAGUUUUUAUGUCUUUGCUGUAUCAAAGCUUUCCCAGAGGACUUCUCAGAGUCUGCCUUGUCAUCAGGGCAGAAAUAGCACGGUGUUGUUACAGAGAAUCGGGUGGAGUUUCCAGGUGGGCACAAAGUUGUU